AAUUGGAGACUGCUAAUUACUAUGACAAUCACAGUAAAUUUGAGUCCUUCAAAAGGUCGUGUCAAUCAGGUCAAAACAGUUUCAAAAAAAGUCGUGUGAAAUCCGAAAAACUAAAAAAAUUUUUUUUUUUCAAUUUUGCAAAGAGGUAUAACGAUACUUCAAAAAAAUUUUCAGUAUAAAGAUUUUACUUCAUUUUUACUUUCUUGUUAAAUCAACUAAAUCGAUUCAAAAUGGUCUUUAAAAAACACGCUAAGAACUCAUCUUACCACUCCCGUUUCCAAACUCCUUUCCGUAGAAGACAAGAAGGUAAAACCGACUACUACCAAAGAAAGAGAUUAGUCACUCAACACAAGGCUAAAUACAACACUCCAAAAUAUAGAUUAGUUGUUAGAUUCACCAACAAGGAUAUCAUUGCUCAAAUUAUCUCCUCUACCAUCACCGGUGAUAUUGUCUUAACUGCUGCUUAUGCUCAUGAAUUACCUCAAUAUGGUAUUGAACAUGGUUUAACUAACUGGGCUGCCGGUUACGCUGUUGGUUUAUUAGUUGCCAGAAGAGCUUUACAAAAAUUAGGUUUAGAUGAAACUUAUCAAGGUGUUGAAGAAGUUGAAGGUGAAUUCGAAUUAACCGAAGCUGUUGAAGAUGGUCCAAGACCAUUCAAAGUCUUUUUAGAUAUUGGUUUACAAAGAACUACCACUGGUGCCAGAAUCUUUGGUGUCUUAAAAGGUGCUUCUGAUGGUGGUUUAUACGUUCCACAUUCUCCAAACAGAUUCCCAGGUUGGGAUAUCGAAUCUGAAGAAUUAGAUGCUGAAUUAUUAAGAAAAUAUAUCUUUGGUGGUCAUGUUGCUGAAUAUAUUGAAGAAUUAAUGGAUGAUGAUGAAGAAAAAUACAGAAGUUUAUUCAAAGGUUAUAUUGCUGAUGAAAUUGAAGCUGAAGAUAUUGAAGAAAUCUAUACUGAAGCUCAUGCUAAAAUUAGAGAAGAUCCAACCUUCAAACCAACUGAAAAGAAAUUCACCAAGGAACAAUAUGCUGCUGAAUCUAAGAAAUUUAGACAAGUUAAAUUAACCAGAGAAGAAAGACAAGCUAAGAUCUCUAAGAGAAUUAUUGAAUUCCAAGCUGCUUCUGAUUAAUUUAUUUAGUCUUGUAACUUGUAAUUAUCUUAAUUCUUUUGUUUAAUAGUAGUUUCUAGUAUAUCUUUUUUAUUUAACUAGGAUUCACCAAAUCUAAUAAAUCUUUUUGGAUAUAUCUAAAUCAUUAUCAUUUAAUUGUAGUUUUAUUGUAGUUUAACCAUGAUAUCUUGAACUGAUAUCUACAUCUACUCUAAAUUAACAGUAGUAGUUACAUUCUAACAAA